CUUUGAGCAUGACCACUAAGGAAUGGGUCAUCCCUCCCCGACCAAAGCCUGGACGUAAGCCUGCCACCGACACCCCUCCUACUAAGCGCAAGGCACAGAACCGCGCUGCCCAGAGAGCUUUCCGCGAGCGCAGGGCCGCCCGCGUCGGCGAGUUGGAGGACCAGCUGGAAGAGCAAAAGGAGGAGCAUGAGCGCGUUGUGAGCGAGCUCCAGGGUCGCAUCAGUCAUUUCGAAGUCCAAGUCCAGACCCUGCAAUCGCGAUGCCGCUGGUUGGAGGACAUGUUGGAGAAGGAGAAGCAGGCUCGCAAUACGCUGAAGAAUUCUUGGGACAACAACAACAUGUCGCCGCAGUCCAUUCUAUCACAACCGUCCAACGGCUAUACUCUACAGCAACAGCAACAACAGCCUACGCAACAGACACAGCUGGCGCCCAAGGUGGACUCCGUCCCCAUUGCAGAGCCACGACCAACUGCUCAGCCCUUCUCCAUCUCUCAGAUCAUCUCGCCACCCGAGGAAGCUCCCCAGUCCCCGCUAGACGUCACCUGCGGUAACUGCCAGAGCAGCGGCUCAUGUGCCUGCGCUGAAGAGCUCAUGCAAAGUUCCAACGUCUUGAUGGGCUGCGGCGGAUGCACUCCCGAAGGAAGGUGUGCUUGUCUGGAGGAAUCCAUCCGCGUCUUGGCGGCCGCCGACCUCAAGAGGCCACUACCUCCCAGCUCGCCCUCGUUGGGUCCGGACGAGAAGAGGCAGCGCUCUGAUGCUGGCGUCGAGGACAUGCAGUUGGAGACUGACUUUACUGCCUUGUUCUCGUCCAAGAAGCCUGAGACAACCAUGACCCCCCUUCCAGCCCCUGCCCAGCAGCAGUCCCAGCCUAUAACCUCUGUCGAGAUGCACGAGUCGUGCGGGUUCUGCAAGGACGGGACUUACUGCGUGUGCGCCGAAUCCAUGGCCCUUUCGGCCGCCUCCAUGACCGUUGCCUCGGUGGUUCAGCAAGUU